GAAAGCUGGUGAAGAAAAAUGAUAGUGGGUAUUGAUUUUUUGAUUGCUGCUCUCGUUUUUCAUCAUGACUGAAACUUCAAAUUGCUCCAGCUCCAGUUCUGAAUAUGAAGAAGAAGAGGAGAGGAUUGUCCUUCAUGUCUAUGAUGAUGAAUCCAAGGAGUUUACGUCACUUACUACUUAUCAUGGAAUGAUUCGAAUAUACACUUCUGAAACAUGGCCGUCACGAAUAUUCUGGGGAGUUGUCGUUGUUACUUGCGUGACGCUAUUUAUGAUACAGGGAGGAGUUCUACUGGAAUUCUAUAAUUCCCACCCAACAGCAACAAAAAUUGACGAAUAUCGACUGCCGACCUCAUUUUUACCGAGUAUUUCAAUUUGUCCGUAUGGAUUUAAAACUGAUGAUAAUUUGUUUUACCUGAUCACACAAGGUGACAAAGAUGUUUACAUCCCACCUGAUUAUUGGAAAAAUUCCAGUAAGCAGCUACUAAAACGUCUCAGUUACAAAUGUGAAGAUGUAGUUGAGUCAAUCAUGAUCAAUCCAAAUCAGAUCAUCGACUUUUGCGCAAACUCAAGAACUCAGAUCACUGAAAUCGGAAAAUGUUUCACUUUUGAAAAUUGGAGAGAAUUUGAAACAAAUACAUUGAAAAUAAAAUUAAAAAGUGAUUUUACAAAAAUGUACACAGCACACAUACAUAGUGAAUACUAUGAAGUUUCUCGGUCAUCUACUCAAGCUUGGCUGAAACCUGGAUCUCAUGCAAAACUGUCUUUUAGAAUUGAAGAGCAACACAAUCUUCCUCAAAACAAUUGGGGAACUUGCAAAGUUCAAACUGGUGAAAUUUACAAUCACUUAGGAUGUUUAGAGCAAUGUCUCGUAGCUGGUUACGAUCAAAGUUGUCACUGCUCACCAUUUUUCAAUAGAUUCACUAGGUUUCAUUGUUCAAUUGACGAGCUUUUGAAUUGUCCAAAGUUAAAAGAAGUCCCGUGCGAUUGUCCGAUGCAAUGUUACUCGCAAAAUUAUGUUUUGCAGCCAGUGUCACUGUUGAAAAGCAGAUCUAACAUAUCUACGGUAACUUUUCACCUGAACUCAAAUUUAUUAAGAAGUCAUCAACAAUACAAACGUUUUAAACAAAUCGAUCUAAUGAGCUACAUUGGUGGUGUAAUGGGUUUAUUCCUUGGAAUGAGUUGUGUGACCUUACUAGAAGUAUUCAUAUAUUUGUUCAAAACUAUAUUCGGAACAUUGAAUAGUACAAGGCAUAAAGCAUUUAUCGAGCGUUUGCUGUCAAACGAAGACGGAAGUAUCCAUGGAUCUCACGAAGAAAUUAUUAUAACACAAAAAAUCGAAAAAACAGUGCAAAAAGAAACCUUGGAACAACCCUUGGAACAAGUUGCGGACACUAGACCCCUUGCAGAGAGACGAUUCUCUUUGAUGCCAAACAAUCAGCUUGGAGUAAAGGUGCAAUUCCAUCGACCAAACCAUUUGCUGAAAAGAAAUUCUGUGUAUCUCGGAAAUUGUGAUUUCUAAUACAUUUAUACAUAGAAAGUUUUAUUGUUUGAAAUAUGAAAGUGAUAUAGUGUCAGUAAAACAGUCAUCAAUAAACGCUUUUCGAGUAA